AAGUUUGAUCUCAGUUCAGCGGUUCGGACAGAAUCUGGAUCCUGGUUUUAAUCUAAUCCUGCAGGACGUUUCUCUGUUUUUCAGAGGAUUUCUUUAGGAUCUCAGAAAGAGUAACCAUGCCGAGCACUCGCUCUCAGAGUGGAUCUCAGCCCACGCUGCAGUUCCCUCGCCGUAAAUCCUGCAGGGUUUCCCAGAAGACCCCACUGGCCCCUCCGUCCAAACCCGAGUCCUUCACCCCGAGUCAACUUUCACCCCAAAGGCCCGCGGACCCUCCACUGUCACCCCUCCGCCUCCCCGCCAGCCCCCCAAAGCAGCAGAGCAGCGUCCAACCUCUGUUAUCACCCAGGCGACCCCGACUGCCGACUCCACCCUCCUCUCCGGCGCUCCAGACCCGGCUGCCGCUCAGUCCACGGAAGCGCACAGGUCAGGAAAACGGCUGCAACCUCGGCUCAGACCUGCAGGCUUCUCCUCCAAAGCAGAGCCGGCCGUCUCCAAGAAAACUGGGCAGCGACGAGAACUGCCCCGCCUCUGCUCGCAGACAGCUGAUCCCCUCCUCGCCACGACAGCCACGGCGGCAGGAAACGCCCACAGGAAGUCCGGUCCAACAUCACAAGGAGAGGCGGCCGCCUGUAGCUCGGCUGUUUGCAGAAAACUCCAGGUUUCAGAGCGUCAAGCAGGCCCUCCACACCGCCGUCCCGGAGCGCCUGCUGUCCCGGGAGGCCGAGCAGGCGUCCAUCCGCCGCUUCCUGCAGGAGAAGGUGCUGCAGCGCCGACCCGGCAGCCUUUAUAUCUCAGGAGCUCCGGGAACCGGCAAGACGGCCUGCCUGAACUGUGUUCUGCAGGAGAUGAAGGGCGAGCUGGCCGGCGUUCAGGCCGUGACGGUGAACUGCAUGAGUCUGAGGAGCUCGCACGCCAUCUUCCCGCUGCUGGCCGACAAACUCCGAGCCCCUGGGGGGCAGAACGGCCUGCAGAGGUUCCUGACCGGCUCCGGACCCGCAGUGCUCCUGGUUCUGGACGAGAUGGACCAGCUGGACAGCAAAGCUCAGGACGUCCUCUACACCAUCUUUGAAUGGCCGUUCCUGCCCAAGUCCCGCCUCUGUCUCAUCGGUAUUGCCAACGCUCUGGACCUGACGGACCGGAUCCUGCCGCGGCUGCAGGCCCGCCUCCACUGUCGCCCCCUGCUGCUGCACUUUGCUCCCUACAGCCGGGACGAGCUGACGGCCAUCGUGAAGGACCGGCUGGCACAGGUGUCGGCCGAAGGGGUUCUGGACGCCUCUGCGGUCCAGUUCUGUGCCAGAAAAGUGUCUGCUGUGUCCGGAGACGCCAGGAAAGCUCUGGACAUCUGCAGGAGAGCGGUGGAGAUGGUAGAAUCCGACCAGAGGAAGAAAAAACUGCAGCCCGAAAACGAGAGUCCAGGUGAGGCAGACCCCCCCCUCAAGCUUCAGCUGGAGGAAGAUGUUUGGUCCAAACUGAGACCGAGUCUCUUUCUGUCCCAUGCAGCGUCUCGGGUCGGCCUCCCGCAGGUGGCCCGGGUUCUGUCGGAGGUUUACGGCGAGCGCAUGGCGUCCCAGAGCGCGGACGGCGAGAGCUUCCCUCUGCAGCAGAAGCUGCUGGUCUGCUGCCUCCUGCUGCUCGUCCGGAGCGGGAAGAGCAGAGAGGCCAGCCUGGGGAAGCUUCACGAGGUGUACAGCCGGCUGUGCGCCCAGCGGCAGGUGUCCGGCGCCGGGCAGGGCGAGUGUCUGUCGCUCUGCAGUCUGCUGGAGAGCCGGGGAAUCUUCGGCCUGAAGAAAGCCAAAGAGGCUCGUCUCACCAAGGUGUUCCUGAAGAUCGAGGAGAAGGAGGUGGAGAACGCCCUGAAGGACCGCGCUCUGCUGGGCGCCAUCCUGGCUGCAGGCCUCCCCUCCUGAUGGAUGACCUCUGACCUUUUAGGUCUAAUGGGUUUUUUCUCAUUUUUCUGAGAGUUUUUAUCAGAGUUUUAGAAUUUUUUCUUUUUAAUCAUUUUACUCCGUUCUGAGUUUUUUCACAUUAAAUUAGUUCUAAUGAGCCUCAGAAAGUUUUUAUUUUGCUGUAAAUAAACAGAUUUGAACUUUUAUUGCGUUUAUUUGAAGAGGAAAGUAAUGAUUUUACAGAAAUUAGGUUUGUUAAAGUCAGACAGAAGAUUUUUUCAAACUGCUUUGAAAAACUGUGACAUGAAAUAAAGAAAAGUCAACUUAAA